AUGGAGCAACCACCAGCCGUAGAAGCAGAGACGACUACUAUUGAUUCAUUGGCGCCCGAGCUUCUAAUAGGUGUAUUCAAGUACUUGACGGGAAAGCCUAGAGAGCUUGGAUUAAUUGCUCGAGUCUGUCGAAAAUGGCAUGAUAUCAUUGAGCUUGACGACCUGUGGAGAGUCGUCAACCGCAUCUCUGAAGUCGAAGUUGACACAGAAACCACUGAAAAAGCUUCCUACGAGCAACACUAUCGCAAAUAUUGGCACGUACUAGACGAGUACCCCAUCAUCAAAUCAUCUAUCAGAGGACUCAGGACUCAGGUGCAACGAUUAUUACCUCACAUGCGAUGGAGGCCUGCCACCAGACUAGACUAUAAUGCUUACAAUCAAGGUCCUGAAAUCCUCCAUGUAUUCGCUCGAAGGCAGUCAACUGUGCUUGAAACAGCCAUAGCUUCGUUUGACGAACAGUCUUCACCGAUACGCCAAGUGAUGCUGUUUUAUCAUUUGAGCGACUUUCAGCCGCCACCUGGUGUGCUUGGAUCGCGAGUCACGUACAAUGACGCCGAGUUAGUGUCUUUCUUGAAUCCGCCAUUCGCUCCGACAUUCCCUUUGCAGCCAGGAUCACAUCUAUACGAAAUCGAAGAGAGUCCCAAUGUUGUUGGGUCGUAUCUUCCUUUGACUUUUGCCAAGGGACGUCGUUCAAAGGCCCUUCAUAUCCUGGUAAAUGUUGGUACAAAGGAGGCAUGUAAAUUUAAUGGCCAUAUUGUCGAAACGCCCCUAAUAUUUGGAAACAUUCAAGUCCCGAUGGUCUUUAAAGCUCCUUCGUUUGCUGUAUUUUUGAAAGAAUACGUCGCAAGCCUUGAAGAUGGAGCAUUUGGAGUGGCAAACUAUCCAGAAGGAAUCGGCCCAAGAAUCAAUCUAUUUCCUACUCGGGGCGCUGGAACAUCUGUUGCCAUAAGCCAUGGUCUCAAGGUCAGGGCUUCCAGCGUAUUUGUCGCUGAACAAUGGAGACCGAAUGGUGAACAUAUAUAUUCGUAUGAGCUCAGCAUAGAGUUCAUACCAGAGCAAUGUCAUAUUGAAUCACCCCAGCUUCAGCGUCGAAGAUGGAAUAUCGAAUAUGAUGAUGGGUCUGUGGAACCUGUUGAAGGGCCGGGUGUCGUUGGCUUGUUUCCUAUAUUCACACCAUCCAACCGACACUUUGCUUAUAGUAGUUACUGUGCUGCUAAAGUGAAUGAUUUGGGAGAGCUUGUUUUACCCAGAUGCAUGGAUGGGGAAAUUACUUUUACCAGGAAGAAUCUGCCUGAUGGUGAAUCGUUUGAAGUAGAGAUUGCAACUUUCUACUUUCAGCACCCUCAAUUUGUUGGAUGCAAGAGUAUAUAA